AUGCAGCGGCAGGGACGCCAUGCUCGGAAACCUCUGCUCCGCCGCGUAUGCGGCGGCGCCGCCGCCGCCCCCGCCGGGGGCACGCUGGCCGCGUCGGGCGAUGGUCCGCUCGCGCUUGUGGGCGUUCUGGUGGCCGCCCAGUGCCUGGGAGCUGUAGAAUUUGCGGUUGCAGUAGUUGCAAGAGAAGACGCGACUUUCGGGAGCGUGAUUCUCAAUCUCGCUCGGUGGGCCUUUAUUGGGAUGGGCCGGAUCUUGGGCCGACAGGGUCAGAUCCAGCAAGAUCGGCUCGUUUUGGUCUCGGGCCGUUUUGAAAGUGAGGAGAGAUUAUUGAGGGGGAUAUAUAUAUGGGUGGGCUAUAAGGGGCCUCACGUUGGGACAAAGGUAGAUAUAGAUGGCGAUCCAUGGAUGACCAUUCCUUUGUUGAUUAGCAAAAUUCUGAGACCCCAAAGAACCGGAUAA